CGCCCCGGAUCCCGGCCCCGCCCUGGACCGCCCCCAGCGCCGGGGAGCCGGCGGGGGAGCGGCGCGGGGCCGAGGUGGCGCACGCGGAGACUCACUGGUGCUCACGCACGCGGGCGGGGACCGAUCGCGGCACAGGGACCUACGGCCAAGACGUUUUCUGGGAUAACUACAUAUACCUUCUUGACCUGGUGACUUGGCAACACCAACCACUCAGAAUGCCACUGAGAACCAAGGGCGAAGGGGAACCAAAGUGUUCCAGUUGGUCAAAAAGGCUGUCAUGAAGUUAUUCAACAAGGAAAACUAUGAGUAAGUUUGAUUCAACUUGAUUAUGUUCAAUUAAAAAAAAAAUGGGACCUCAAUUUCCACAACUGACACUGGGAGAAUCCUUGAGCAGCCCCAGGGCAGGGCGCUGCAGGUCCAGAAGCGCCAGGCUUCCUGGCAGAGACAGAGAUGGACUGCGCAGGUGGGAAAAGCUACCAAGUCCCUUUCCUGGAGCAGGAGGGAAGAUGACACAGGGAGGACUUGGUUUCUGCUCUUUGAAAGCCUUGGAAGCUGUGGAAGUGGAUAUAGGAUCUACAGUAGGGGAAGGAGAAAGCCAGGGGAGGAGGAGAGAAGGUGCUACCUCCAGCUGCCUCCCCCUGAAAAGCAACCAAAGCUGCUUUAUCAUGUGUGAGCCCUGCCUCUCAAAUUAAAUCGCCUAAAGUUCCUCAUCAGGACACAAAGUCCUUAAUCCAGAAUUCAAGAUCAAAAAUAAAAAAUACCAAUGUCUUAGGUAACAGAUUGGUGUGAUCCUGAUCAAGUAAAAGUGUAAACAUCGACCUGGGGGGUUGAAUACAAGAUGUCUGAGGGCGAACCCCAGCCUGAGAGGUGGUGGAGUGCAAAGGCUGGAGAUCUCAAGGUGGGGCUUCCAGUUUGUCAUCCACUUUGGACAAACGUAUCUUAUGUGUGCCUCACCGUUCUAUGCCCAGGAGGUACGAAAACAAGACAAAGCCCUGCACAAGACAGGGGCCUGAGCACUUUAUGCACCUUGAGGGGGAGACAGACAAGGGCCUAAACUGUGAGGCGGGUCAUAUGAUCCCCAGUUUACAGUUAAAGAAACUGAAGUUUCUUUAAGCUGUCCGCCCAGGGUCACGGGUCUUCCUACAGGACAGAACACCGGAGUGUGAUGCGUUCAUCCCUCAACUAGGAAAGGGGCGUGGGGGGAAGCUGGAAUGUGCAUCCGAGUAUUCUAAGCUUCUAUAUAUCCAUAUUUUGGAGUGAGGAUAUUAUGAGUCCUGAAAGAGCUCUAGAAAUUCCGGACUACUUAAUUAUCCCUCCAUAUAGUUUUCUCUGCUACAAGACAAAAAAAGACCCUGAAGACGGUCCUCGCCAGGCUCCAAGAUGAUCGGCGAAGCGACAGUUGCCCAGUUCCAAAAUGGCCACCACGGCGUUCUCCAGGUGGCGCGGGGACUACGUACUGCCGGAAGGGCCGUCCCCAGGAGAGCGCGCCCGCGCCCGUGCCCGGGCCAGGUGCCCGACUGCCCCCUGGCUCUUCCUUCUUCUGAGCUACUGGCCAGGCAGCAUUGCAGGCUCCACAUCUCAGUCCUCGCUGGACCAACGCAGAGAAACGAGGCCGACCGGCGGAAAACCGGGCAACGAAGGGCCAAAGGGCAACGGAGGCCUUGCGGGCAGAAACGGGGCGGCGCUGCGCCGCGCGCAGGCGCCUCACUGUCACCCUUUUGUAAUCACCGCCUUAGUCUCCGCCCCCAAAGUCUCCUGGCAGCCAAUUCUCGGUGCCGAAGCCGUAGACGUCAGCGGUUGCGGGGCAGACUGGGCGCGCCUCCUGGUCCUCCGGCCAGCUCCGGCGGCGAAGGCGGCGGAAAGCGAAGGGGCCGGGGAGAUGGGAAGGAGACCAGGAGAAGCGGGAAAAGACGGGGAAGGAAAAUUUAUGUUGUACCGUCCUACAGGACAGUUCAGAGUGAUAGGACCAAGGCACCCGAUCCGGGCUCUGGUGGGAGAUGAAGUGGAACUGCCAUGCCGCGUGUCUCCUGGGAAGAACGCCACAGGCAUGGAGGUGGGGUGGUACCGGCCCCCCUUCUCUAGGGUGGUGCAUCUCUACCGGAACGGCAAGGACCAAGAUGGAGAGCAGGCCCCUGAAUAUCGAGGUCGGACGGAACUGCUGAAAGACACUAUUGGUGAGGGAAAGGUGACCCUCAAAAUCCGGAACGUAAGGUUCUCAGAUGAAGGAGGGUUCACCUGCUUCUUCCGAGACCAUUCUUACCAAGAGGAGGCAGCCAUGGAAUUGAAAGUGGAAGAUCCCUUCUACUGGGUCAGCCCUGGAGUGCUGGUUCUCAUCGCCGUGCUCCCCGUGCUCCUCCUGCAGGCCGCUGUGGGCCUCCUCUUCCUCUGCCUGCAGCGCAGACUGAGAGGAAAACUUCGAGCAGAGAUAGAGAAUCUCCACCGCACUUUUGAUCCGCACUUUCUGAGGGUGCCCUGCUGGAAGAUAACCCUGUUUGUAAUCGUGCCAGUCCUUGGACCCCUGGUUGCCUUGAUCAUCUGCUACAACUGGCUGCAUCGAAGACUAGCAGGGCAAUUCCUUGAAGAGCUAAGUAAGUUCUCUUUCCUACAAGGGGAGAGUAGAAGGCCAGGGAAGGGAGACAGUCGCAACAAGAGGAAGAGGGGGCUAUGGAGGGAUCCAUUCCAGAGGGAAGGAGGGGCUGGAGAGUCCAGGGGAGGAGCCUACCUCACCUGAGCGGUAGAAGGGAAGGAAGCUGCGGGCACUCCCACCCGCUGCUCAAUCUGCUCCACCGCAGGUGCCCCUCAGCAGGGACCCCACCUCAGCGGGCCACCCUUCCCAUCCCGUGGCAGCUGUCCUGUGCCUCACCUCCACACCAGCCACUGAAGCGGGCACAGAGACAAGGUGACCCUGGUUCACAGUUCCAUGAUAGAAACUACUGACAUAGACUUUUCACGUUACUUUGUCUUUCUUCUAGGAAACCCCUUCUGAGUGAUGUCACGUCUUGGCGGGGGUGGAGGAGAGCCUGGUUGGUCCAAGGAUUGGUCCUUGGGGACGUCUCAUCCAUCAAGUUGCACACUCACUGGCAUCUUUGUUAUGGGGACUUCCCAAUCUGCACUUCCAGGAACACUCUGAAGUCCACAUAGAUUUGAUUUACCUUCUUCUACCUUUUCCUUUCUCCAGCUCCUUCCUUUCUUUCCCCCUUUUUUUCUAGCUGCAUCUUUCCACUCCUCUCCUGUCCUACCUGGAAGCCCUCUCUGGCUCAGGACAGGCAGGUGCUCUCUUGGUCUGAGGACGCCUGUGCUGGAGAGUAGCAGACAGGAGGGCCUCUGCCAGAAGCUGAAGACCAGGAACCUCCGUGCUGGCUGAAGACGGCAGCAUGCCAACUCUGCAGAUGGGGGUGGUUUUCUCCGAGAACCCCGCCCUGACUGGGCAGAGCUGAAAGGUGUGGAGGGUAGAAGGCAAGGAGCAGAAAGAGUCCAAAACUUCAAAGAGAGAUUGAGUGAACUGCAGAGUGAGGAUAUGGGGAGCCCUAAUCACAACGUGGAUGAGGAGAAGCCCAUAGAAUACCGGCCAGAGCUCCAUCUUGUCUCGGCAGCCUAACAAGGACUUAGGGGAGCAAGGGGUGACAGCUGGGCACCUCUCACCUGUUCCCUUCCACUUCUACGUGGGUCCCUCACACUCCUCUCCUCUCAUCCUCACACCUACCAGUGUCCGCUGUUUUAUUCAACAAUUGCCACUUGAUGGUCUGUCAGAUGCAAAGAAACAAGCCAGGUGCUGAUCAACAAUAA